CAUCAGAGAAUUUCUCACUGCUGCUUAAUGCCGUUUGACAGCCACAGCGUGGAGGUCACCAGAGUUCGUAUUCCAUCUGGCCUGGGUAGCGAGAGGAUCCCGCUUCAGAGUAUGCAACGUGAGCUGAACAAGAAAAAUGAAGUCAUAAAAUUGCUGAUCAAAAGGUUAAAGUUAGUAACGUCUCAGCAGAACGGCAGUAAGACAGCACUUGAAAAUGCACCACAGAAGGUUAAAGAGCCGUCCCAAAAAGUACCAGAUGGAACUGUUUGCGGUCAGGCUCUGGAGGGGGAAGAUCAAAGUCACUGCUUAGUUUUGGAACAGUCUGCUAAAACAGGCCAGCUGCAAGGGAGGGAGCAGGAGCUUCUUACUAUGCUUAAGCAGAAGGACAAGUUUAUCCUUGAAACAACUGAUCGCCUUGUGAAGUUUAUAUCUCAAUUAAAAAAGCUGGGAAGUGCAUUGCAUGCAGCAAAGACAAAGGAAUCGAGUCUCAGAAAAGAAAAUAAUGACCUUAAACUGAGCCUGGAAGAACUAAUACUUGAAACAAAUAAGCUGAAAGGUGACCUCUGUGAAAAGAUAAAAGAAAAUAAUAAGCAGCAGGAAGAAAUCACUCACCUCAAACAAGAAAAUGUCUGCCUGAGGAAUGAGCUUGCGCUCACUGUCGAGGAAGCAAAAAGAAAGGACCAGCUUCUUCAGUUUGCCAAGUCUGAACAAGCACAGAAUGACAUAGAACUAUCAAGUUUGCAAGAGAUCCGUACAAGGCAGCGGCGUGACUUGCAGCUUCUUCGUGGCAAUUUGGAGAGCUCUCAGGAUUUAAGGCAAAAGCAUGAAAAGGCAGCACAUGAAAGGAGUGAAGAAAAUGUGGAUCUGAAUUCUUUUCACUGGGAAUCUCCCAGUUUGACAUCCUUGACACAGAAAGGAGACAGGCCUCAAAGAUGUGAGCGAUUUUCUGAUGAGGACUCCACUCCGGAGAUCAGUAACCUUUCAGUGGACCAAGCCAAUAUUUUAUUGCAGAAGGACAUCAGUUCCCCCAUAAAUAAGCUGCAGUAUGUGUUGGCCGAGUUGCGACAGAUGGCUCCUGAUCUGGAGCAUAUCCCUCUCCACACAACCCCUCUCUGCAGUCCAACCAGCAACAACACUCAUAGGUGUUUUUGCACAUACAAUGUAGACAACAGGACUUGCAAAAGAUCUUCAGAGGACCCAGUUACCUGCUGCAAAAGAAAGAGAUACUAAGCUUCCAUUCUUUUUCCCUAUGAUGUUCUUGGAUGAAGAAGUUUCCCAUAACAGAAUAAAUUUUGAGAACUGAAGAUCAUCAACCCCUCAGCUACAAUGGAAAGUUACCCUAUUUAUUUAUUCCAUGGUUCUGAGCAUUUGAAAGACUCACUAGUGGCAAAAAGAUGUGACUAUGCAGGCAUAGAUAUUUUUAUCUUGAAAAAAAACAUAGAUUCAUGUCAAGAUUAACAAAACUGGUUUUAUAAUUGAGAGUUCAGGUUAGAUAGUUUAGUUUUUUAGGAAUCUUAAGUGUGUAAUUGUUAUGACGUAGGAACUAUUUUUCUUUCUUUUUUUUUUUAAUGGUGGCUCAAAAAUAUUUAUAGAGUAUGACACAGCCAAGCAUUCAUUUUUUUUUGUUAGGUUAUUUUUUUUUCCUCUUGCUGUGUAGACUGAGAUGAAUAAUGUUUAUAGGAAGUUCCCAGUUAGUGUUGUAACCAGGAACUGCCUCCUACACGGUCGGAAUGGAAGAGCUGUCACCCACAAGAUGGGCAAAACGACGCUUCCCCCCCCAGUCAGGAGCCACUUCUAACAAAAGCAUGUAACAAGAGCAGGUGUGUAUGGGCUCUGUUAGCCCUGCACGGCAGCAGCCAAGCAUAAUGUGACCGACUUUUUAGUAUUUAAACUGGUUUUAUCUUUGGCUUUUGGGUAAGACAUGUUCUGUUAUCACAGUUUGAAGUUAUUUUUUCAUUAAAAGAUCAA